AUGGUAGAAGUCACCUACGACGACUCCGGCUCCUUAAACACCCUAGACGCCGAAGGCACUCCAGUCGUCUACAGCCCAGGCGACAUCGCCUUCAUCCUCGUCUGCGCCGCACUCGUCUGGAUCAUGAUACCCGGCCUCGGGUUCUUCUACUCUGGUUUACUCCGACGCAAGAACGCGCUUUCGAUGAUUUGGUUGUCGAUGAUUACCUUAGGUGUCGUCUCGUUCCAGUUUGGUCGAGCUAUGAGCGCUUAUUUCCUCCUCCUUCCCGGUGGUAGUGGUUCUUCUGGGGGGUACUUCGGUCUCAAAGGCGUCCUCGAACUUCCUUCACCAGGAAGCAGCCGCCUCCCCGCCAUCGUUUUCGCAUUUUACCAGCUCAUGUUCGCGGCUAUAACUCCAACAAUCGCCAUAGGCGCCUUCGCCGAACGCGCCCGCCUCGGGCCCUCCCUCAUCUUCAUCUUCGCCUUCUCGACCCUCGUCUACGACCCCGUCGCCUGCUGGACCUGGAACCCCUCCGGCUGGUCGUUCGUCUUGGGCGGUUUGGACUUUGCCGGCGGCACCCCGGUGCACAUCGUUUCUGGCACCGCCGCCCUUGCUAUUUCGGUUUAUUUGGGCAAGAGGAGAGGCUAUGGAUCGGAGGCUUUGGCGUAUAAACCGCAUAAUACGACGUAUGUGGUGUUGGGGACUGUGUUUUUGUGGUUUGGGUGGUUCGGUUUUAAUGGCGGUUCGGCGCUCUCUGCGAACCUACGAGCUGCGCAGGCGUGUAUUGUUACGAAUCUCGCGGCGAGCGUGUCUGGUAUUACGUGGAUGCUAUGGGACUACCGCAUCGAACGAAAAUGGUCUGCAGUCGGUUUCUGCUCAGGUGCCAUCGCCGGUCUCGUUGCUAUUACACCUGGUUCUGGAUUCGUCGGCGCUCCCGCUGCUGUCCUAUUCGGCUUCUCAGCUGGCACACUCUGCAACUUUGCUACCCAACUCAAGUUCUUAGCUGGGUACGAUGACGCUCUCGACAUAUUCGCAUCCCACGCAGUAGGCGGAAUCGUGGGCAACCUCCUCACUGGCAUCUUCGCACAAAAGAGUGUAGCAGGGUUCGAUGGGAUGACUGAAAUCCCUGGCGGCUGGCUUGACCGCAACUGGGUGCAACUUGGAUAUCAGGUUGCUGAUUCGGUGGCGGGGUUGGGGUAUGCGUUCGUCAUGACGACGGUUAUCCUGUGGAUCAUGCACUACAUCCCAGGCCUCCGCUUCCGCGUCGACGAAGAAGCCGAGAUUGUGGGUAUUGACCAACACGAGCUCGGAGAAUUUGCGUAUGAUUAUGUUGGGUUUGAGCGCGAGAUUGGUACCCCCUACACCUCUGCUAUUGAUAUGGAGAAGAGGGCGGUGAUGGUGGAGACAAAUGGGAGUGCCUUCAACGGUACCAGUAAUGCGAGUGGGGUUGGAGGUGGGCAUGCGAGUCCGGCGCCGCAGUUCCACGUCGUACAUGCUUCGUGA